CUGGGUAGUGUGGGAGGGUUUACGGUCAAGAUGGCGGCGUCCUCAUCAGCAGGACGCGCUUUGACUCUUUGCAAGCAGUUUCAAAAUGUCCUGCGGAUCUCCACUGCGGUCAAUGCUCAACACUGUGCCGCCAAUGUGACCAGAUAUCAGAACCACGUUUACAGGGGAACGUCUCCUCUCAUCGCCCCGUCCUGGUGCAGCAGUCCGCUGAGCUCUGCGGGUCAGUGUCGAGCUCUGCACACCACCGUCAGCGUGCGAGGACUGGAGGAGUUCUUUGACCUCCCUGAGAACUGGGGAGAGUCCAGAGUGAAGUCAGGUGCACCGUGGACUGCCAAACAUCUGAGAACAAAGAGCAAUGAGGAUUUACACAAACUCUGGUAUGUGCUGUUGAAAGAAAAGAACAUGCUGCUGACACUUGAGCAGGAAGCAAGAAGGCAAAGGGUUCAGAUGCCGAGUCCAGAAAGAUUAAGGAAGGUUGAGCGGUCCAUCAUCAGGCUGGAGACGGUGGUGACUGAGAGGGAGACGGCUUUGCGUCUACUGCAGACUGGACAGGAAAAAGCCAGACCAGGAGACUGGAGGAGGAACAUAUUUGGACACGUCUUCUGGUAUCGAUUCAAAGAAUAUGCAUGUCCUUGGUACAUGAAUAAAAGAUACAAGCGAAAGAGGUUCUACACACCAAAUUUUGUCCAACCACACCUGAGGCUGCGUAUAGAGAAGUACCUUCGGGAAAGGGCCAAGAAAGCAAACCUGGAGAAGAAAACUCAGGCCAAACUAAGGGAGAAGUUUCCUCAAAUGAAGAUUUCCUCAUCAUAAAAUUUCCGGUUUCCUUUUCGCUGAUAAUACAUUUUUCAGACCCAAUGCUCUCUAAAGGUUUUAUUUGCUAAGUUUAAAUGGCUGCACUUAUAUCUGAGUCAGGUCAAUUCAAAUAACUGACAGUGGUCUGAAACUAGUAUACAAGUAUAGGUUUAUAUGUCGUGCAGUUAUUUAAUCCUAUGGGAUAAACUGUGCUACAUCACCCAAUACUCAUACAUUGAUCACUUUAUUCAUACUUGUUAAUAAAGUCCUUAUUUCCCUCA